AUGGCUCAAGACAGAAGAUCGUCAUUCCGUGAUACUCAAAAGCACAUGGCAGGCGAAACAGAGACCAUGAAGUCGGAGUGCGACUCCCAGAAACUAGAACUUCGAGACCCACGUAGGGAUGCUUGGGAACUAGAAAAAUAUGUCAGCAAAUUCAUGGAAGACGAAGACGAGCUGAGAUUUGAAGCAGAGAAGCACCUAGCCCAAUAUAAAGAAUGUGGUACACUGGCAAAUGAGCUAAAUGAUCUAAAGCAAAAGUACAAAAACAUGACACAAGAAAGAAACCAUUUAUUGUCAGAAGUCAGAAUUAUGGCAGAGAAUAGAGACAUCAUAAAGAUGGACAGAGACACCAUAGAACUUGAAAUAAACAAUCUCGAAACCCAGCAUGAGAAUUCUGCCCUGCUGGAAGGGCAAUUAAACAAAGAAAGAGUGCAGUCUGACUACAUCGCAAAAGACAGAGAAGCUUUCGAAUUGAAAUCCCGACGCUCAGGAGCGAAUUUUGAGGCUAUGUCGAAGGUUAUGGAGACCCUAAAAGUUGAAGCAGAAGAACUGCGAGUCCAGUGUAAGCAGUAUGCUCUGCUGCAAAAUCAACUAAACACUGCACAACAGCAAUGGGAAAAUGUCCAGAAAGAGAGAAUCGCUUUUGUGCUUAGAGCUCAGCAAUUAGCAGAGAGUAGAGAGACUAUGAAAGUUGAGAGCGACGCCCUUAAAUGUGAAACAGAAAAUCUCAAAGCCAAGAUUAAGGAGACAGAUCUGCUGCAAGAGCAAUUAAACACAGCAAAACGCCUUUGUGACAACAUGAAAAGAGAGGGAGACCAUUUGAAAUUACAAGCCCAAAGGGCAGCAGGCAAUAGAAAGGCCAUGACCGAGGAUAUACACACCUUAAAACUUGAAAUAGAAAAGCUUCGCGCUCAGUGCAAAAAUAAUGCGGUACUGGAACAGCAAUUACAGACUGUUAAACAUCAGUUCGAAAAUAUAAAGAAAGAAAGAAAUGCUUUCAUAUUAAAAGCGCAACGCACAGCAGCGGACAGAGAGGCCGUGAGAAAGGAAAGGAACCACGUGAAACUAGUGUUAGAUGAUCUCCGUGCGCAGCGUUACGUAGCUGCUCAACAGGGACAGCAAUUAAAUGUUGUAAGAGAACACUACGACAACAUCGGAAAAGAUAUAGAUUCCUUUAUUCUCGAAUUACAACACACAGGAACGGAUACAGAAUCCACAGAGGAGGACCUCGACGAUGUUGCUCGACUGGAAGACCAAUUAAACGUUGUAAGAGAACACUACGACAAUAUCGCAAAAUGGAGGCCCUUUAAUAGUCGAAGUUCAACACAUGGGAACGUAUAG